AUGGCACCCUCGAACGUCUUCUCCUUCUACCGAAAAGAGCGGCGUUCAGCACCUCCGCCCGCUGGCCCCCACCAUCGCCGCGCGAACUCGCAGCCAAACUCACCUGAGCCGCCGCUGUCCGCGUCAUCGCAGAUCUCGCCCACCAAUCCGCAGCACUUCCAGGACGUCUUCUCGCCCACCAGCAACCCCCAGCUGCCGAACCCCCACCGCUUCCACUUCGCAGAACAGAGCAGCUCCGCUUCCAAUUCGCCUCCUGUUAGCCCUUUUCCGCCCGUCCUCCCGCCCAUCCCGCGAAUCGCUAGCCGGAGCGAGCCGCCUGCCGCGCCACAGAAACGAAAAGAGCGGCGGUCAGCACCUCCCCAACACCAGAAGCAGCCCGUCGGUGGUUCUGCGCAGCAAGCUGGCACCAGCGGCGGUCAAAACGUCCCGUCACCGCCAUCUGACCCGUCCAGACCCUCUCCGAACCCGGCAGACAACUGGCGCGACACAAGCAGGAGGGUGAGCGCUCCAACAGGAUUCAGGUCGAGAGGCCAGAGAGCGCAGUCAAGCGCUGGUCAAAAUGGCCCGUUGAUAGACCAGGUGCCGUCCUUCUCGCACGGCGAUACGCCCUCGUAUUCUUUCCAAAGCCCGUACAUGAUGAGCCAAUCCUCGCUAUCCUCCUCCGGGCUGUCGGAGAAGAUGUCCAGCUCCGGAAAGCCUUCUACAUCGACGCAGCAUGGGAAGAGCGGCAAGAGAGGGCUGAACUUGCUGAAUCCCAUGUCGUUACUCCUCAGACGGAGGUCUGCCCAGGCGUUACAACAUCUUUCGGAAGAGAGUCUUGUCUCCCACCGCAGCAAUGUGGUCCCGGCCAUGACCAUGGGCGACGACUUUGAUCCGAGUAUUCGAGGUCACAUUGUGCACGACUUCAGUGCCCCCAAGCCUCGGAGAGCAGUGUCUUACGAUCCCGCCGCCAAGGUUUCGUCCGGCGCCAGAGAUAUUAUUGCCGCUGGUCUGCACUCUCGGCGAGCAGACGACGAAAGCCCAUCGAGACGUGACCGCUCGCACACUCCUGUGUUCAAGGAGAAUUUCGACGAUUGCACCGAGGAAGACGACGAGAGGAGAAAAUCGGCGAUUCGUGCAGAAACCCUUGCGAACCAUGACUUUCUUGCACGAAAUGCGGUUCCUACCUUGGAGCCAGAACCGCCCGCACCUCCCUUCGCUCGGACGGCUGCCAACGCGCCCCACAUUGCGCGGAAGUCAAUACCGCCACCCCUCGACCAAGUGCCGAUUCGCGACGAUGCCCCGGGAGGAUUGGCAACGGUCCCGGAGGCAAGUCCAACUUCUCCGGUCUCGGUUGAGUCGAAACUAUCAAGCGCCGCGAAGACGUCGCCAAAAACCCGGUCAAGAGCGACAUCCGGAGCCGAUUCUAGCUUCCAACCAGCAGGGCUUCCGACACACAUGACGAGCAGGGCCUCCCGCUUCAGCUUUCAGAUUGCAGGAGUAGAUUCUGCGGCACAAGAGAAAUUACUCGAGGAGAAGCACCGGCAGAAGGUUGCGGCACGGGAGCGGAACAGCAGUGCCGGCAACGACUAUGGCGACGACGAAGAGGAUAUGUUUGACUACGACAACAUAGAUGAUGAUUUGUUCCCCGGAUUUGAAGAGGAAGUUCCAGUAAUAGGUGAAGAUUAUGAUGACGAUUACGGAUAUGGAGGCUACGGUAGCGUAGGCACAGCACCUGGUUUGGCAUCAUACGACUUCAACUCUUUCAAUGGGAAAGUGCCGUUCAACAGUACUCUCAGUCCAAUCAGCGCGGGUGGAGAGUCGCUUGCUACACCAAGAGAUGCUUUUGGCAACGUCAUUGGUUCGGCAACCGCCGACGAUCACCAGAAGAUCGCACCCGCACCAAGCCCGCUAGGUGCUCCUCCUGUAAAUGGCAAUUACCAGGAGAGCCAGGGAGCCGCUGGACUCGGGCUCAUCGAGCCUGAACAAGUUGCCGACGAACUCAGCCGAGCACAUCUCAGCCCUCCUGCUAGCUCAACUUUGGCACAGCAACCAGCGCCAAAGCAGCCGAUUGGGAAUGACAUCCUCGGAGACGACGACGAUUUGUAUUUCGACGACGGUAUGAUUGGGGAGCCAGAUGCACCGGAUGAUGGUGAGAAAUUCGAUGAAUCCGUUUUCGAUGAUCCGAAUCAUCCGCUUUACGAACGUCCCGCACCGGUCAUGAAAUCCCCGCCUCUGGAGAAUGCCGGACCAGAGUCCGAUGAUCUGGAUCCCGAAGAUGAGCAUACCUCCAAGACUGGGCUGGCACCACACCCAUCCAUGCGUGGAAAUGGGGUGCCGUUCCAGACUGCCAGCGAUCCCUUGGAGUUCAGCACCAGCACGGAUUACUUCAGUGCCCUGGUUCACGCUACUCAGAAAGCCGAGGCGGACGGCCGGUUUGUGCGGAAAAACAGUGUUGCUACAACCAAUCUGUCUCUCCCAAGCAAGGAUGAUGAGGAUGAUGAGGAGGUGCAGGCGCAGCAGACCAGAAAUACAGUUCGCGACUCACAGGAUACUGCGCCAAGCUUGGUUGCCGACUCUAGCCGUGUGAGUGCUGCUACCGAAAUGUUCUCAUCCAAUAUGAUGAACGAUAUUGGAGACAUGGGCUUCGAUCCGAACGCAUAUGAGGAUGAUUUCGGUGAUGGAUUUGAUGACUAUGACAGUGCUCUCGAGGACGAUCCGAUCAUUGCUGCCGCAAACGCUGAGGCUCUGGCAAACGACUACGAGGGCGAGUAUGGCUCAGAAUUCGGCUUCUACGCUUCUGCGAGUGGUAGCGCGGAAGCUGUUUACGGAGGUUACUUCGGCUCCAGAGACAUGAUAGGGCGUAGCGUCAGCGGGCGCUAUGCAGUAAGGGAACCCAAUCUCACCCCCAUCACGGAGCGCUCAGAGUACAGCACCCGUUCCGAGGACGACUAUGACUACGACUACAGCUUCGAACAGUUGAUGAAAUUGCGAAAGGGAGCGUUCGGCGGUGCUGGUGCCGCAAGUCCUGGUGGAAGUGCAAAUAGCAGCCCAAGAAACUCGAGCCCACUAAGCUACUUUCCAGGCAGCUUUCCUGGACGAAGUAGUCCCGUCGCAACAAGAGCAAAGAGCGCUUUGGAUACCUACACUGACCUUCCCGAGGUUGAGGAAACACCGAACGAGGGCUCUGGACUUACUGAAGAGGAUGAAAACGAAAAAGAGCCGAGCGAUAACGAGGGUGUGCUCUCAGAGGUCAACAGAGCAGACUCUGCUUCAGAUAUCAGUGGAUAUGAUAGCAAGCGCAGCAGCCUACAACAGGAGAAGGGCAGCGUGACGAGCCCUAUCCCGCCAGCUGAGAAGAAGGUGCCUCAUCAAAUCAAUACCAACUACGAUUAUUUCCUGCCCGAUCAACCCGGCAAUAUCCCCGUCUCCGUACCCACCUCAGCCAUCUCCACCACUUCCACGAACUCUCUCCCGAUGAGCCCUACCUCCGCCGGCGGGGCUCACUCCACGUCUGCAUCCGUACCAAACAUCCACUCGGCUCCACUAGUCGCACCAACCUCUCCACAACAGUUGCAGUCUAACUCUUCAUCAGUAACUCAGCCUCGCCCGUCGUCAUCCGAUCAGCCUCACCAUCCCACCGGCUUCCCUUUCGGGUUUCACACUAAUACCGCCAUCAACCGCGACUCGUCCCCAUCCAUCGCUGUUCUUUCCCCGCUGUCUCCGACUCUACCAUCCCCAGCGGCCAACCUCGCAGACCAUCCGCACCGCAAGUCCGCCGGUGGAAGACACAGCAGGACUAGCAGUGGAGGUAUGGAUAGCGUGGCUUACGUGAGGGAGCGCAUCGAGGCAGAUGCUGACGGGUCAGACGGCCGUCCGCCCGAGUUCCGGUGGGUACUGGAACGGAGGCGGACAAGCGAGACUGGGGAGGUUGAGGUCAUCGGGAGGGAAAUCGUCGAAGGAGGAAGAAUAUGA